ACAGAUGUAGUUGCUACGACAGUGAAGGUACCAUGUGAGAAGUUGGUGUUCAGGUUUUCAGACUUUAUUAGAGAAUUAGGUGAUAUCUAAACAGAACAAAGACAUCAUGCACGAGAGGUCUCUUCCCGCCUCUCCCAACUGGUACUGCUCGCGCUGCAGUGACGUCAACAGCAGCGGUUUAUUAGGAGUCGGAGCCAAAAACAACAUUUACCUGAUCAGUGUGUCUGCAGACACCUGCAGGGUCACAGGUGAGCAGACCGACCCUCUUAUUAUGAUCUUUAUCUUUAAAUCUGAAGGUUCUGGGGAAAAAAAAUCCGUUUUUAAGACAAAUCAGGUCAUCUCAGGUGGGCUGAUGGGGAGGACAGGUGAAAACUCCCGCUGGGAAGUCAGAAGAUGGAAGUCUAAACUUUAAGGAGUCUGGAGCAAAAACAGAUUUUUACAGUUUGUCAUCUGUAGCCAGCUGCUAGGGCUGGACGAUAAAACGAUAUAAAUCAGAAAUAGUGAUGGGAAGAUCAGUUCUUUUGACUGAAUCUUUAGAAUCUGUUCCUUAAAACGAUUCGUUUAAAAGAUUCAUUGACUAAAUCAGUCAGUGCUUCAGAGCUUCGUCCUUCCGCUGCAGUAGACCUCACAGAUGCAGGAGAUUAUUGUGUUGGAAAAGACAUGCGACCAAUAAACACUGUUACAUUUAAUUUUUUAUAUCCUGAUAUUGAUCGAUAUCGACUGAUAUGAAAAUAUAUAUAUAUCGUGAUAAACCUUUUCCCAUAUCGCCCAGCCCUACCAGCUCCUCUGUUUUUCUGUGUCGUCCUUUUUCUGUCUCUGCUCUGUAUUGAGACCCUUUCUUUUCUCCACUCUGUGUGUUUUUCCUUCCAGGUGAGCUUGUCGGCCACAGAGACUCAGUGUCCGGCUUUUCUUUCUGUCAGCAUGAGGGUCAGAACCACGUCUGCGUCAGCUCCUCCAGUGAUGGGAGUGUCCGAUUCUGGGACUCAGACCAAAGGACUCUUAUAAGAGAGGAUGCAGCUCAUCAGGUGAGCGUUAACUCUCCUGACCGGUUCAGGGACUUAUCAAAGGGAUAUUAGGAAACUCAAGGAAGAACAUUUACGAUCAUUACUUUAUCAUUUCCUUGAAGUAAUAAUCAUCGUAUUAAUCAUUUUGUACUGUAGACGCUGUAGUUCUUCUGCCUUAAAUGAAAUAAUAGAAUUAAGUUUAUCUGUCACUGAUUUCUGGUUAAGAUGUAAAAACCCUGACAACACCAUUAUAACCAUCAUACUGUAUUAAACUGUAUUAAGUUGAUAUGUCAUGUUAUUUCUUUCCACACACAGACUGCCGUCACGGCGCUGCACUGGUCUCCGGUGGAUAAAAACCUGGUGUUGUCGGGUGAUGAAAAAGGGAUCGUGGUUUGUCACUGGUACAACACAGGAGACAUCUCCAGCUUCUUCCCUGAGCCCAGGACCAUCUUCUGCCUCAGCUGCUCCCCACACUCCUGGAGCUCUGUGGCUGUGGGGUAAGAACGCCCAUCAUAGAAAGUUCCCACUGUGGAAAUAUUACUAGCUCCUGUGAAAGACUGUGAGUCUGCUGUUGUUUUCAUGUCUCAGGUACAAAGACGGGAUGAUCGUGCUGAUUGACGUGAGUAAAAAAGGCGAGGUGAUGCACCGGCUCAGAGGACACGACGAUGAGAUCCACUCGCUGGCGUGGUCGUCGGAGAUCGGUGAAGACUUUCUCUACAGCAGACCCGAGGACAGUGAAGGCGGGACGGGUCUCAGUGCAGGAGAGGAGAGGGGCUGCUAUAUCGCAUCUGGGAGCAAAGACCAGACGGUGAGGAUCUGGAGCUCAGCGAAGGGGAAAGGUGAGAAAGGAGCUGAAGAUUUAACAUCUAUUCAAAGCAGCUCUGUGUGGGGGACAGUUUCAGGAGUCGCUCAUAAUGACGGCAGAGACAGAAAUAUGUGCGGUCAUGGUCAUGGAUGAUGUUUUAUAACGCCUCCUUCCUCCUGUCAGGGGUGAUGACUCUAAAGCUGCCGUUCGUGAAGAAGCGGGGCUCUGCAGUCGACCCCGGUGUCAAAGAGAGACUCUGGCUCCACGUUCACUGGCCUAAAGGACGGCCCACUCAGCUGGUGUCCAGCUGCUUCAGGUACGAAAACAACUUCAGUUGAAACGGUGAUGGACUCCAAAUGGAUCAGUGUCUCAUUUUCAGAGUGACGUCUGAUUUAAAGUCCUCCAAUAAUAUAACGCUCAAAGUUCUUGGUGUGUGUGUGUGUGUGUGUGUGUGUGUGUGUGUGUGUGUGUGUGUCCACAGUGGUGAGAUGUUGAUGUGGGAUCUGACCCGGGCUGGGAAGCAGAGGUGGACUCUGUUUGGGACGUCUUCAGAGGGUCAGAACCACAACAGGAUCGUCUUCAACAUGAGCUCAGUCCGCCUGCAGAGCGGCAGAGAUCUGCUGAUCAGCACCUCCAUGGACAGAGAGGUGGGUCACCGAGCGCCGGGACUCAGUUCUGUCUAUGAGGUUAAGCAGAACUUGGUGGAGCCCUGACUCUGGGUUUUGUCUUCCAGGUGAAGUGCUGGGACCUGGCCUCCUUAGACUGCCUCUGGACUCUGCCCACUCUGGGAGGUUUCGUCUACUCCCUCACCUUCUCCCCUGUGGGUACUGGGUGUCUGGCGUUGGGUGUGGGUGACAACAUGAUCCGGGUGUGGAACACACUGACCACCCAGAACCAGUACGACACCCGGUCCUUCUGGCAGGGCAUCAAGUCCAAAGUCACAGCGGUAAGAAGUUUGGGGUCAAGAUCACCUACCCCCAAUUUUCACUGCAUCCGGAACGGCUGCGACCUUUUCGUAGCCGUUCAGGAUGAGUUGAAAAUUGGGGGUUAGUUCACCAGGUCUACUUCAGUUUGGUCCUCAGAGGGGGUCUGUGGACCUUCAUAGUCUGUGGACCUUCAUGGUCUUAAUCUGCUGCUGUUACUCAGCUCAGAAACUUUCCGAUGACUCUGACGAAGUGUUUGAAGAAACUUUCUCCGACUCUCUGCAGCUGGCGUGGCAUCCCAAGAAAGAAGGAUCUCUGUCUUUUGGAACAGACGAUGGAAAAGUCGGGAUCUACGACGUCUUCUCAAACAAGUACGAUCCUUUUACUGUAGUGACUCAAAUAUAAGACAUCAUUGAAACGCUCCUGGUGAAGAUUAGAUAUAAAUUUCAGCAUCGAUCAAUUGACUGAAACAUCCAAGUUCUAUGUCGUAUAAUUGUGUCAUUAAAGUCUCUUAUUUCAGUUUGUUUAUCUUGUCCUGCCUGAAUCAUGUAGAUAUCAGGUCUAUCUUGUUGGUCAUAUCUUCUUGCAGCCUUUAUUUCCUGACUCAGGGAUUCACUCUGCUCUUUCUCCUCUCAGACCUCCUCAGAUUUCCAGCUCCUAUCACCGGAAAACAGUCUACACGCUGGCCUGGGGCCCCCCGGUCCCCCCUCUGUCAUUUGGUGAGUUCUCAAUGCGCUCCUAUCAGGUACUGCUGUUUGCUUUAAAUGCUCUGACUCAGCAGAAACACAGAGGGUGGGAGGCUGAAGAACCAGCGAGUCAGCAAAAAAAAGGACUAAUGGUGUUUAUAAUCGACUGUGUGAUUAAAAAAGCUGAGAAAGCUCCUGAUAUCUCCUCCUCCACUUCAGAAGAUCACCCUCUCAAACCGUCUGUUUCUGUCUGUCUGCUGUGUGACCUUCAGGUGCAGCAGGUGGGAAACCGUCCAUCAGCCUGUACAGCUGUGCAGGCGAGGGCGUCAUCUUGCAGCACGAUCCGUCGAAGCUGAGCGGAGACGCCACCGACAUCGACAAGCUGAUCAGAGACACCAACAACAUCAAGGUGGGAGGGGUUAACAGGAACAAGCGUAAAGUAGUCUGGGUCUGUGGGUCUUCAGUGUUUGUCUAAGUCCAGGAGAAACCUGACUCACCUGAGAGGUCCAGACUUCAGGCUGUGAGGGUCGGGGCUUUAAUGCUGGACGUGUCUGAAUAAGUGAUGAAGGUGAGCUCUUCUUCUCCACAGCAUAAACUUUCUCCACACACCGACCUCAGCUGGAAGCCGGAUGGGAAAGUGGUCGCCAUCGGCAAUGAAGACGGGUGAGUGAGCGUCCGGUCUUGACCCGCCUCGAAGGUCUGUUGAGUCCUGCAGAGCGUCAGCUGUUCACUGACAGCGUACGGUCUGCUGACGUUUAUAUGAACGUAUUAGUUUCUGUGUUUCUGUUGACGUCGCUCACGGUCAGGAAGUCUGAUCAGCCGUCUCACUGAGGCUUUCAGAGUCUGUAAACUUCACGGUUUAUCAGUUUGCUCUACUGUUGAAAGAGGACGGCUUUUUGAGGGCGCUGUGAUCGUGACCGGACCGUUGAACAAACAGUGUUGCCAACUCCUCAGUAAGAAAAGUCGCUAGUGGCUGUUGUAGAAGUUGCUAGAAGUCGCAUAAUUUCUCCGAUCUCCCCACCCCCAGGAGGAGGAGGAGGAGUCUUCCGCGGGGUGUCUGAGUGUCUGUGUCCGUUGAGAAGAGUAACAUCUAUUCCGCCGUUUCCGUUGGAGUCUCUAAACUCCAGAAAAAGUUGCUAGAUUUGUCGCUAGGCACUUUUUAAAAAAUAAGUAGCUAGGAGGGUCUGAAGAGUCACCAAAUCUAAGUUGGCAACACUGUGAACGACACUGUUGACCUCAGUAAACUGCAAAAAUGGAAAUGUCAAAAUGUCACUUGGGGGAAUUUCCCAACACCACGUGAGUCCCUGUCUGAAAAACGAUCGGACUCUCAUGUCAUUCAGUCAAAAAUUCUCUCCUGUCUCAGCUUUCACUUCAUCGUAGGAAUAAACACUUUCCAUCUUUGCUCGCUCUUUCUUCUUCGUGCUCUAACCGUACGUUUUCUGCUGCAGAUGCAUCGACGUGUACGAGGCCCCCGGUCUGAAGCUUCUGUGCAGCAUCCAGCAGCACCACAAGAUCAUCAACAAGCUAUGCUGGCAUCACGAGCACGGCUCUGACCCGGAGCUGCACUGUCUGCUGGCCUCGGGCUCCAGCAACGCCAUCGUUUACGUGCACGAUCUGCGCUCUGUCAUAGGUGAGAGGACGGCCCAGAAUAAACCCCGACACCUCCUCCACAGGUAAAAAGUUAAAGUCUCUGUUCUCUUGUUGUUGAUGUUAUCGUCUUCUCUUCGCACAGAGAGUCCUCCAGAGAGCCCGGCGGUUAUUACCGAGCCGUAUCGUAGGCUGUGCGGUCACACGGCCAAAAUCACCAGCAUGGCUUGGAGUCCACACCACGACGCCCGGCUGGUCACCGUCUCAUACGACGGCACGGCUCAGGUCAGACACAGAAGCAGCAUCCCUGAUUAUCGUAAAAUCGUGAUUUAAAUGGAAUCAGCAUCCAAAAAAUCGCAGAAGAAUCGAACAGGAGAAAAGGGUAUCGUCCCAGCCGCAGUAAUUUUUGUAAUUUUGAAAGAAGUGACUUCUUUCUUCUUCAGGUGUGGGACGUGCUGCAGGAGGCGGCUCUGGCUAACUAUCGAGGUCACGUCGGUUACCUGCUGAGCGUGGACUGGUCACCCGUGGAUCCAGACGUGGUCUGGACUGGAGGGAAGGACUUCACUGUGCAGGAGUGGAGAGUCUCCAAACAGGAGUUCACGAAGCCUCCUAAAGGUGAGUUUUCAGCUUUUUAAAACCCUCAGUGAAUAAAACGAUCUUCUCCCGAAGUCUCUCACAUUCAGGAGACGAUUCUUCAUCCUCAGGGAAAAAGGCGACGAUCAUGAAGGAGAAGACGCAGACCAAUCCCAGACUGAAGAAGAAGAACAAGAAGACGUCAGGGGCCGGCGGAGCUGCACCGCCGGAGAUGAACGGAGAGACAACGACAGGAAGGACGGAUCAGGAGCUUUGUGGAGAUGAUGAAGAAGAUGAAAUCCGCUCCAGGAGUAGUCCUCUACCUCCACCAGGUAACGGAGAGUCAAACAUCAACUCAGGGUUAAAAAAGUGGAAUUGUUGAGAUGAUUGAAAUCUGAAAUUCUGUCCUAGAAACUUUUGAGACACAAAGAAAAACCUCCAUGACGAUGAAGAGCAAAGACAAACCAGGUUUGUGGAUCAACUUCUUCAAAAGUUUGAGAUGAAAAGAUUUAAAAUCUGGCGGUUUGAAGGAUUUCAUGUGUCCGUCUUAGUGGUUCCAGACUCGGUCCUGCAGAAGAAGAAGAAGCCUCGCUCCAUGCUGCCCGUCAGCACCGCCAUGGACCAUCGACCCAAAGAGGAUCUGCUGCAGGACUGCAUCACUCUGGCCUCAGUCAGACACGGAGACGGUGAGAUUCAGACGCUGGUCUAGACCCGCUCCAGUCCUCAUCUUCAUCACAAACACUCUUCUCAUACUUUUACUCCAAUGCUGAUGUGUUUGUUGUUUACAGCGCCCCCUGCAGGCUGUGUUCCAGGCCGAGGAGAUCACGUCCAUCUGGGUCUUUUCUCCGACAGACCGGCUCUGUGCCGCAUGUUCGAGGCAGAGGGUAAGAUCGUGGUUUCCCUCGCUCUUUGUUAAGACCUUGUUUGCUUUGUGACGUUUUCUCACGCUGUCUGUCGUCGUUCAGAGGAGAGCCACGUCGAGGCGGGUCACUUCGACUCUGUGGUCUACCUGCGGCUGUGGAGCGGGGACUUGGAGGGGGCGCUGCAGCUCGCCACGGAGAAAGGAGAGCUGAGUGACCACCUGCUGUCCGUCGCUCCGAUGGGUGAGGAAGACUGUAAUCUUUGACGAUGCUUUCAAAGACCUCCAUGUUCUGCUGUAACUCCUGUGUCUCCUCCUCUUCCUCCUCCUCCAGCUGGUUUCCAGGUGUGGAGCCGGACAGUGGAGGCCUUUGUGAAGCAGCUGUGUCUGCAGGAGCAGUACCUGAAGGCGGCGUCACACCUGCUGUCAAUCAACAAGCUGUACGAGGCCGUGGACCUGCUGCGCUCGCACAGACUCUUCAGGUCAGCUCCAGCUCCGAUCCUGCUGAUCCUGGUUCAUGUUUUCAGUCUCACAGAUCUUUGUGUUUGAUUCGUAGGGAAGCCAUCGCUCUGGUUAAAGCCCGCCUUCCUGCAGACGAGCCUCUCCUCAAAGAUCUGUACACCAGCUGGGCGUCUAUCCUGGAGAAAGACGGACAUCUGUCUGCAGCAGCUAAGUGGUGAGAAUUCAAAGCUCUCUUAAAUUCUCUGGGCUCUAUUUUCGUUCCCGCCGGCAGUGCGGUGGAGGUUGGUGGACUCUGCGCAGUGGUAUUUUCUUCUGGCGGAGCCCGGUGCACAGCCAGUUUGGUAUUUUCAUAGACUGAGCGCACAGAGGUCUGCCAAGCUGGGCGGUGGUGCGGUAGGGGGAGGCGUCGACAGAAUCAGCAGGCGCAGUGACAUUUUCGUGCCCGCCGGUGGCGAAGAAAGUGCGCUGAAAGCUUGCAGAUUCAAACCUGGUCAGCUUUCAGCGCAGGCGGAGUGCAGCUGGUCUAGAGGUAUUUUGGUAGACAGGUGGCGUAGUGCGCAUACGUCUUCAGCCAUCUCUUGAUCUCUUUUACCACUUCACGAAAAUUGUAAUACGCCUCGCCGGUGGCGGAUUUAAAGGUGAGGAGAGGAGCGGAUGUGAUUGGUGAAAACAGGUCUCGGCUGUGUUAAACCCACUCCACGCCUUCUCUUCUCCCUCUCUAUGACUUGCGCAACUGGGAGGAGCUGCGUUAGGGAAGGGGGAUACCUACGCCGCGCCUGCGCCAUGCCGCCGGCGAGGCACGAAAAUAGAGCCCUCUGUCUCUAAAAAAAAUCAGUCCUUCAACUCUGUGUCUCUAAAAAUUCCGUCCUUAUCUUCUCUGUCUCUCCUCCUGCAGCUAUCUGGCUGCCGGUUCCAGUUUCGACGCCGCUAAAGUCAUCUCCAGAAAGAACGACGUCCCGUCUCUGAGGACAGCUGCCUCUUUAGCGAGGAUCUCAGGAGAGGUGGCUCUGGCUCAGUCUCUGGCGCUGAGGUGUGCUAAAGACCUGGCUGCUGAUCAGGACUGGGUCGGAGCUCAGGAGGUCCUCAGCUCACAGGAGAGCCUGCUGGUCAGUCACAGAAACAUCAGAGGGCAAUAUUUAAAGGGUUUUUUGUUUGACUGACGGCUCACAAAGAUCUGAACUCGCCGUCCUAAAAUGUUGGGUUGCUGUGUAAAAGUCCAGGUUCUUCUCAGCUCUGUAACACGAGUUUUCUUCCCCCUGCAGGUCCACAGGCUGCACCUCUGCGUCGCUGAGCUUCUGGCCGUGGAGCUCAAAGACUCCUCCGCUUCAUCUCCUGGACCCGUCGUCUCCAGUCACUCAUGGGCGUCACCAGAUGAGCAUCACGCCACUCUCCUGGAGCGAGUUAGAGGCGUGUGGGAGGAGCAGUUUGGCGUCUCACCGGAGUCGGCGGGUCAUCGCAGCGCCGCGGCUCUUCUGGAGGAGCUGAAGUCUGUAGAAAGUCCAACACUGACCCCCAACGUCCCCCUAAAACAGGUGCUUGAACCUGGACUGCUCCUCCAGAUUCUGAUACUGAUUGAUUUAAGGUUUAAUCAGAUCAAUUAAACUUUCUCUCUCCAGGUUCAGCUGUAUUCAUCCCUCCAUCUGACCCGUGCCGUGCUCAGCUGCUUAUUGGACGAUGGCGGUCAGCUGAUGAAGGAGCUGUGGACGGCGGUGGCCUGGUUCAGAGAUUCUGGACACCUGUGUGUCUCUGCAGAGCUCUGCAGGCGCCUCUUUCCUGACGGUAAAACCACGACACACAGUUUUUUUGAUGCACCUCCUCGGUGAAACAAGAUUCAUCUUGAUUUAAAACUCUGCAGUCAGAUAAACAAACUCCAGCUCUAGUUUUUUCUGCUUUUGUCUGACAAACUAAAACAUUCAGUAAAAAAUACAAAAAGAAACAUCGUAACUUCGCUCUAGACUGCCUCUAUUUUUGAGAUACGCAGACGUUAAAGACGAACACAUGAUCGUUUCUGGUCUAUUAACUGUCAAAGUUUGUAACCUGUUCGUCAAACAUCCUGCACUGAUGUUUCUCCAGCUUUUCCAUCAUUGUAAACGAAUCUGAACGCAAGAAAUCACAUGCAGCUAAAAGGCGGAUUCAUCUUAACCCUCAGACAUCACCAGCAGAACCACAGCGUUCAUAUAGAACCAUAAAUCCUCCAAUAAAGAGCAGCAUUAUGUCGGCUGGUUGCUACACGUCAAAAAUUUGAGGAGAGAAGAAGCUGAUAGAGUUUAGAACACUAAUUUAGAAAUGAUGAAUGUGUUUCAUUAAAUAAUACAUCUGCAGACUUCACACAUCUCUUUUCUUCAUCAGGUGACGUCGGUAUUUUGUCUAGAAAACGCUCCAAAACUCUUCAGCUCACAGAAGAAGAUGUAGAAUCUAAAGCUGCAGCCGACAGCCUGCAGGCCUUUGUCACCUACCACAGACUCUAUGAACUCUGGUGGAGCUCCUCCUCCACCUCCAUUCAGAACGGUUUUCCUCACUCAGAGGCCGAGCUGAAGGAUGGCGUGAUGAACGGAGGAGUUUCAGGGUCAGAGGGCAGAGUCAGGAGGACUGUUAAACUGGACUUUGACGUCUCUCUGCUUCUGUCUGAGACUCACGCGGUCUGUCAGGCCGCUCAGAGGUCAAUCAGAGAGAUCCAGGAGCGUCUGAAGGUCAUGGUGCUGCAGCACAGCAGAGCUCAGAGCGGACAACAUCAGCCAGGAGAGAGGGAGGCUGACACGCCGAACCAGAACUCCACCGCAGGAGAGACGACGGAGAACCAGGAGUCUGCAGGAGCUGCUGAACGGUGAGGAGCUGGACCAAUCAGAAUCAAGUAUUUAACAAGGAAGCCGGGUAGUAACGUCUUCUCAGAUUUAUGUUUUUAUCUCCUAAAUCAAAACCAAACUUUGACCCCUGAGGUAAGAUGUAAAAAAAUAUGUUAACCUUUGACCUCAGCGAAGUCCUUGAGUUAGGUUGUUCCUCACCUUGUCCAGUCUGAACCGUCUGUGUUUUUGUCCAUCAGGCCCGAGCAGCAGGACACUCUGAUGUCUUUGUCCUCCAAGAUGUCGGACCUGCAGAAACAGCUGACCGACCUGCCCGACACCAUCAAGGUACGACUCUGAAAAAGAAAACAAACGCAGGAUGAGAUUAACGACGGUUUUGGUGGAGGUGGACUGAACCUGCUCUAUAGUGACCCUCCGUAUUCAGUAAUCAGUGUUUCUCCACAGAUGUAUCCUCACCCGGACGUUGUGGAGUGCUGCCUCGUCCUCCUCCACUUCAGCAGAUCUUCAUCGUCCGUUUCUGAGUCUCUCCAACAAGAGGCCAAAGAUCUUCUCCUCAAACACGGGGCCAAACUCAGAGCCAGCAGACGGUUUCUGGUCUGAAUCUUUGUCAGUGAUAAACUGAAAGAAGCACUUCAACUGUACAGAUUUAUGCUGAAUAAAUAAAACUUGUUUUUGACAUUAAA